GCAGUCACUCUAUUCCAGCUUUCAUAAGCACAUCUCUGCAACACGCUUGUCCUGAUACCAUGUCUCUUCGACUUCCCAGUGGAUCCAGGAGGGCCAGUCCCCGUCCCACCACGGGCUCACUCAGGCUCUCCGGUGCAGGAGCCAGCUUCGGAGCUGGAAAUGCUUGCAGCAUGCCUGGAAUUGGAAGCAGUUUCUCAUGUGCCUUUGGGAGCAGCUCAUCAGGAGGAAACGCCUUGGGGGGCAAUCCCUGUGCUGGCUUUACUAUGAAUGAGGGGGGCCUCCUUUCUGGCAAUGAGAAGGUGACCAUGCAGAAUCUCAAUGACCGCCUCGCAUCCUACCUGGAGAAUGUCCGUGCCCUGGAGGAGGCCAACGCUGACCUGGAGCAGAAGAUCAAGGGCUGGUAUGAGAAAUUCGGGCCCGGUUCUUGCCGUGGUCUUGAUCAUGACUAUAGUAGAUAUUUCCCGAUAAUCGAGGAUCUUAAAAACCAGAUCAUUGCUUCCACCACCAGCAAUGCCAACGCUGUUCUGCAGAUCGAUAAUGCCAGGCUGACUGCUGAUGAUUUCAGACUCAAGUAUGAAAAUGAGCUGGCUCUUCAUCAGAGCGUAGAGAGCGAUGUCAAUGGGCUUCGCAGAGUUCUGGAUGAAAUCACCCUCUGCAGAACAGACCUGGAGAUUCAGUAUGAAACCCUGAGUGAAGAGCUGACUUACCUCAAAAAGAACCAUAAAGAGGAAAUGCAGGUUCUGCAGUGCGCGGCCGGAGGCAACGUGAACGUGGAGAUGAACGCAGCGCCCGGCGUGGACCUCACGGUUCUGCUGAACAACAUGCGAGCCGAGUACGAAGCCCUGGCCGAGCAGAACCGCAGGGACGCUGAGGCUUGGUUCAACGAAAAGAGCGCUUCGCUGCAACAGCAGAUCACUGAGGAUGUGGGAGCCACCACCUCAGCCAGGAAUGAGCUGACAGAGAUGAAGCGCAACCUCCAAACACUGGAAAUUGAACUUCAGUCUCUCCUAGCCACGAAACACUCCCUGGAGUGCUCCUUGACAGAGACGGAGGGCAACUACUGUGCACAGCUGGCCCAGAUCCAGGCUCAGAUCGGGGCCCUGGAGGAGCAGCUACACCAAGUCAGGACCGAGACCGAGGGCCAGAAACUGGAGUAUGAACAGCUCCUGGACAUCAAGGUCCACCUGGAAAAAGAAAUCGAGACCUACUGUCUCCUCAUUGGUGGAGAUGAUGGGGCUUGCAAGUCUGGAGGUUACAAGUCUAAAGACUAUGCAGCUGGAAAUAUGGGAAACCAAAUGAAAGAUCCAAUCAAAGCCAUUGUGGUUAAGAAAGUCCUUGAGGAGGUAGACCAGCGCAGCAAAAUACUUACCACCAGGCUCCACUCCCUGGAAGAGAAAUCUCAAAGCAAUUAAUCUGAUAUACAAGAGACAGCAUAUGUCCAAAACUCUCUGAGAAGAGAAGGCAUAGUAUAUCUGUCUGGGAAAAUGAGCAAGUCUUAAAAAAAGGUCUGUCCUCUUAUCUUCCUGUUGCUGAAAUAUAAUCUCUGUCUGGGCAAUCAUUAGCAUUAUCAAUAGUAUCUUCCCAUUUAUCUGGAAGAACAUCACAUAUAAAUAUGAUGACUCAUUUGAUUGCCCUACAGGAAAUGUUGUCAGUUCUUUUUAGUCAAUAAACCUUCUUCCUUUAGCAAGUUAUCA